AUGCUGCUCGCCCCGGACCCAGAGAGAGGCGCACUCGGCGUCUGCCCAGAGGCUGAAAUCCGAUCCCGCGGCGAGAAGCGAACACCGCGGGCUCCCGUUACAAUCACACGGCCACGCAUCGAGCACCGGACGCACGCCGUUCUCCCAGCCCUGUAUAAAGCCGCUCUCUGCAGCCGCUGUCCGCUCACAGCGCAGCGGGGAGAACCUGCCGACGCGACGCAGGGGCCGAGCGCUCAGAUGCGUCUUCGUGUGGAGACGGGGUUCUCUCUCAGGUCCGCUGCUCGGCCCCUCAUGACUCUUGUCCCUUCACACGCCCAGGCGCAGCAGGGACCAGCCAUGCAGCCAGAGGAGGAGGAACGCGCAGUGGUUGACUACUUCUUCUGA